AUGUCGUUUGACUGUCAUCCAAUCCGAGAAUUGAAUAAUAGAAAAUUAGAAAGAGACCAAAAGAGAGAAAAACAACCCACAGAAUAUCAGUUGAUUAACUCCUUACCUCAAAUUAAGAAAGAACACGAGUUUCUUAAAGAAGUUCAUUCAACUAAUCUCCAAGAAAAAUACCCUAACUUUAAACCUCAUCAUCGUUAUCAUUCACUUACUUACUCUCAACCAAUAGACCAUAUUAGAGGUUGUGGUUAUAAACUAAAUAACUCUCUUUUGAACAAAAAGAAAGAGGUUAGGAAAUUAAAACUAGCUUUGGGUCAACAAAAUCAUCACAAUGUUUAUUUAGAAAUGAAAUUAACCAUGGAGAGAAACUUCGAAGGCAAUGCUAAAACAUUAGCCGUCAAAAGAAAGAAUGACAGAUAUUAUGCCCUAUUCAUUUGUGAUAACAUUCCCUUGAAGCAAUUGCCAAAGACUAAUCAAAAUAUAGGAAUAGAUGUAAAUUUAAAUAAGAAAUCAUUCAUAACUUUAUCUAAUGGCAAGAAAUAUAAACAUCCACAACAUUAUAAAAGAUUUGAAAGACGAAUAAAAGAAGCAGAUAGAAAUUUAAGCAAUAAAAUCCAAGUAGCCAAUGAAUUAGUAAAAGAUUACGAUAAUAUUGUUAUUGAGGAUUUAAAAAUAACUAAUAUGAUUAAGAAAUGUAAUUUAGCAAAAAGUAUCCAACAAGCAAGGUGGGGUGUUUUAUUUAAAGCCAUCUCCGACAAAACUGAAAUCGUUGGUCGGAGACUAGUUAAAGUAAGUCCCUACAACACCACUCAAACUUGCUCUGAUUGUGGAGAAAUAGUCAUAAACAAGGUUAAACUCAAUCAAAGAAUGUUUAAGUGUUUUAGUUGUCGGUUUGAACUAGACAGAGAUAUUAAUUCUGCUCGUAAUGUUUUAAACAGAGCAAAAUAUGAAUUCGACCAGAGUUCUCCACCUCAAAUGAGCCAAGUAGAAACAAAGUUUGAAAAAAGUUAUGGAGUAAGACCAAGUUAUUUCAUUCCCAAUCCAGCUGUUCAAGAAGUUUGUCGAACUUCUCAACUAGCUGACCGAAUUCAAUAUGAAACGAUACAAGCUGUAGAUUAUGCUUAUGACACAAAACCUCUUUCUUAUUCACAACAAAAAAAGCCUAUCGUUACUGGUAACAAACCAUUUUCUUUAAUUGAGAUUGAGGAUGGAGAUUUUACAGUAAUUGAAGCCGAGCAAUUAAACAAGUUAAACGGCUAUCCUACACAUACUAGACAAGAACAAAUCACGGGUGAUGAAUUAAACUAUCAAAAAGUUAACUUCGCUGAUGAAGAUGAUUUAGUAAAAGUAGACUAUCACUUUGACCGAAAAGAAUAUCAAGCUGAAAAAGUUAAAGAAAGUGAAAAUCGUGCUUCUCUUAAUGAAUUGGCUUUUUAUCCAGAAAAUUUGCUAACAAAUCCAAAUACUCGUUUAGUGAGAAAAGAAAGAGAUAUUACUAAAACAGAAAUAAAUUAUAAAAGAGAUAUAGCCAUAGCGGAGAUAAGGUAUAAAGCGAAUAUGGCUAAAAAAAAACUAGAUUUAGAAGCCAUUAAAAGAGAAAUGAAACAUGAAGUGGAAUUAAGUAGUUUUAGAGCUGGUUUAAAAAGAAAAGAAGACAAUGAAGCCUUUUCGGAAGCGACUAACUUCAUAGACAAUUUACAAAAUAAAGGAAAAGAACAAGCAGAUAAGGCUGUCAAAAAUGCUUUCCUAAAAAUAAUUUAUAACUCAAAAACCAAGGGCGAAAAAAAACAAUUACAAUUUUUCGUCAUGAAUGAAAUAAAAUCUUUAUUAAAAAAUCAAUUUGAUAUAUUAUCUACUUCAAUCGCCAAGCAAAAAACUAGCGACACCGCCGGCACUAAACAAUUAAUCAGAACCGAAAUUGAAAAUUUUUUAGGUAAAGAAAACUUUGUUAACGGAAUUUACAAGGGCGGACUAAACAAAGAAGAAUUUAUAAAUUAUAUAGAAGAAAUCUUUGGUAGUAAAAAUCUUCAAAAUGGCAAAUAUAAGGGCGGCAAAGAAGCAGCCUUAGAAGUUAUCAAUGAACUUUUCGGAAAAGAAAAUAUCAAGGAUGAACAAGACUUAAAAAAUAUCAAAGCCAGUUUUGGAGGAGAACAAAACUUUAACGAACAGAAUAUUUAUAAAACCGAAGAGAUAACUUCGGAAAUUAUUGAAAAAAAAUUUGGUGGCAAAGAAAAGUUCCAAAACGGCAUUUACGAAAGCAAACCGGAAAUAGUUAAAGCAGUUGUUGAAGAAUUAAGAGCCAAAGGGGAAAUUUUAAAAGAAGUUCACAAUAUUUUCGGAUCCGGAGAAUUUUAUCCUAUCGAAGGUGGAGAAGGAGUUCCCCAAGGUCGAGAAGGUUGUCGCAAAAACGCUGAAGAAAUUGCGAUGAUGCAAGCUCAAGAACAAAAGAAAAUCCGAGCUAUUGAAGAAUGA